ACCGGCGCUCCGACGGACGCGCCGACGGACAGAGCGGAGCGGAGCGCCCGCAGCGCUCAGCGCAGAGCGGCGGCUGUGGCAGCGCUCGUGGGGAAGGGGAGAAGGGAACCGGAGGAGCCAAAGGGAACCCCUCCACACACAGAGCUGCCUCGGUGUUCCCGGAGCGCUCAUCACCUCCGCGGUGUCUCUUUGGGAUGAGGCUGACGCACGGGGACAGCCCUGUCCCAGAGCCAAUUAUUAUCACUAUUAUUUUAAAUUAUUUUUUCUUUUAUUCUUUCCCCCCCUUUUAUUCUUCUUUUUUUUUUUUUUCACGAAGCUUCACAUUUUAAAUUAUUAUUCUUUUUCCUUUCUUUCUUUUUCUUUUGCCCUUUUGUUCUUUUCCACGGAGCUUCGCCUUUUCAUCGUCACUCUUUUUUUUAUUAUUAUUAUCGUUUUUUUUCUUUUUCCCCUUUGUUCUUUUUCACGCAGCUCCGCAUCUCAAUUAUUGCUCUUUUUUAUUACUAUCGUUUUUGCCUUUUUCCUUUUCCUUCUUCCUCACGGAGGACACCCGGAGCUUCACAUUCCUCCCUUUAAUAAUUCAGCGCAGGAAAGGAGCGGAGCCAGGGGGCAGCGCACAGCACAGCGUGUACCUGCGGGAGGGCACACACGGAAACCUGCCCUGAAUUAUUCAUGGGGCGUAAUCAAAUCGAGGAUUUUCCUAGACAAAAGCACGCGUCGCUCUGUUCAUAUUUAUUGCGGUGCAGAGUACAUCCGAAGCACGCUGCGUUCGGGCUAUGUCAGAUAACCUUUUAAUGCGUUUCCUAAUGUUUCUUAUUUACCUUUCGAGCUGUCAGCGAGGCAGAAGGGCUUGAUGGCAAACCUACAAAGCCGUUUCUUAAUGGGAUUUCCCUAAUAUUGGCUCACGUGUGCCCUGCUUCCCAUGGAUGGCGCUGGCAGGAGGACCGCUCGGGGCACGGCGAGUGCCUAAGGGCUAUUUAUAACCAGGGGAAGGCUGUGAAACCCUAAACCCAACCGUGGGAGAGGGUGAAAAUCAGCUGGGCUGAGCCCUGCGGGCUCCCCAUCCAACCUCGGUAAAUAUGGCAGGAGUUAAAAUGGUUAAGUGGACGGCGGUGAUUGAGGGCUGAUGGCUCCACACGGAUGUCUUUUUUUGAUGAUGUUGAGGUCGUGCGGUGCGAAUAACACCUGGAAAAGGGAGUAAAACCUCCCCUUGGGUUCAACGUGCAGAGCUGUUGUGUUGGGUUUUAAAGCAAUAUUGGGCCCUGCUGAAGGCUCAGCCCCGUUGCACUGGGGUUGCAGGGUACUCCUAAGGCAGGAAAGCUGCUGGAAAAUCCACUCAUCGCACCGCUUGUUUUCUUGAUUUCUUUGAACCCGAGUUGCUUUGCAGAGGGAACUUUGCUUUCAGUUCACGUGCAGAUUUGGGAUCCUUCCACCUUUUUGGGAUCCUCCUCAGUCGGAAAAUGAAAUUGCAAACGCUGCUGUUCUGCAGUCCCCCAGGAGCUGCUUCCAGGAGAGAUUCCCUUUACGUGCCGCAUGCUUUGCUCCUUGCAAAACCCCAGAACUUCCUCCCGGUGCCUCUGUGCAGCCCCUUCCAGCCAGGCCCUGUAGGAUUUUGGGUGCCCUCCUCCUCUCUGGGCUGCACGAAUGCCUUCUGAAAUCCAAAUGACUCGAAAUAUUUACUGUUGAUACGUUGUCCAAGUGGAGGAUAGUUAAAACAUUAAUUCUUUGCAUUCCUGCGUAUUAGGGCUUUGCUCUGCAACUCGCCGAGUGCCAGAAAUGGGACUUAGCGGAUUCACUCCCCUCCCCUCCCCCCCCACCCAUCAAACCCCCCCAAAAGCUUGGAAAAAAAAAAAGGAAAAGAAAAGGAGGGAGACAGAGAGAGAGAAAAAGAAAGGAAUGCACAUCUGGGCUAAAUAUUUGUUAGAAAGUAUUCCCAGGAUAGUGGGAGUUCUGGUGCCAGAGAGGAAUUCCUGCGGGUUUGAUCCAUUGCAUUAUGUACUUGUUCCAAAAGCUGUUUUCAGUAAAAUAGAUGAGUAAGAAGUCUUAGCCAAGAACAGAAUGUCUUUUUUGGCAACUAAAAGGAAGAUAGGAUUAUUUUAUUUCAGGUUAUGUAAAAAAAAAAAAAAAAGAGAGAGAGAGAGAGAAAGAGAGGGAGUAAAGGUGGUAAAAUCCUCCUGCGCUCUGAGCCGCUCGCAGAGAUUUCCACUGCUGAGCGCUGAUAUUUUCUGUUUUUCAUGCUGCUCUGCACAUUUUUGUGACUUCUAUGGCAGGCACAGACGUGGAUGGGAGUCUCAGGCUUGCGGCAUCACUGCAGCUCGGCGAUCCCAGCCGUGGUUUCAGCAGCAUUGCUCUCGUGGCUUGGGUUCUGCUGCCGAGCACUGGGGCAAGGAGGGGAGGGCGCUGAUGGUGCCUGGAGGAGGGCACUGGUUGUGCUCAGUGCAGGGCACCGCCUUUGCCCUGAUGGCUGAACUUCAUCCGGGUGGUGUUUGUAGGGGGUUGAUGGAUGUAGAGGGAUUUUGUCCAAAUAAAUGUAAAAAAUGGUGCCAUCCAAAACACGGCUCCGUUGGCUGAGCGCUGGGACAGCGUCACCAUUCUGCUCACUUCCCUGGGAAUUAUAAAAACGGGGGAAGCCCCUUUAUAAAAAGAUGCUGGUUUGGGGUUUUUUGGCUGGAGGUAGAAGUCCUGGUGCUGCCCAGUCUGGUGGCAGCUGGUCCUUGUCCAGCUCAUCCCUGCAGUCAGGAUUUGGGGUGGAGAGGCGGGCACUUGUUCUUGGAGGGCUGGAUGGAUGGUUGGCACGUGGGAGGAGGUGGCAAACUGAUUCACGGGUGGGGUGAGCUUGGCCAAAAUGCCAUGUCACCGACUGAGGGCUUCUCUCUGAUGCCCGCUGGUGUCCCUGCAGGGUGGGACAAAGCCAAAGUGACAUCAGUGCCCGCUUGACUCCCAUCUUAUGGGUGUGCUGGAGAGCUGCAUUCUCCUCCUGUUGACUGGAAGGUAACAUCCUUCAGUAGGGAUAGAGGAGAUGGCCUUGCAGCAGUGAGUGGGUGCAUCCCAGAGCCACCUGUGUUUGUCUUUGUGGAGUUUCCAUAGUGGCCAUUCUAUGUGGACGAGGAGGUACUUCAUUUUAGACUUCAUUUCGGAGGUUUCCUUUAUUUCUAGGCACUUAGAGGUGAGUGUCAGCAGAAGGAGAGGUGGAAAAAGAACUGAAAAACAGGAGAUUAGAGAGCUUGCAACAUUGUGUCUGCCAACGCUUUGCCAAAGAAAAGGUAGGAGAGGGCUCAGCACUGGUGCUGGAUUGGACAUGCUGCCACAGCCACCUUCUCCACAUCAGCUUUGGGUCAAGGCCCCGACAACCCAACCUCUGGCACAUGUGGCCCCAUGCAAUGAUUAACUUCUUCCAAGCCUGGAACCACUCCAUCCAUCCGUCUUUAACCUUUCAGGGGACUUCUGGCUCCUGGAAGCUGUCGGUGAAUGUGAUUGAUGAGCAGUGGGGCUCUGCAGGCACCCACCGUCACAGGCACUAUUGUGAUAUCGAGCAUCCCGUCAUGGGGAGGUUCUGAAGUCUGUGCAGUUUCAGUGCUGUCUGCUCUGGGCUGUUAGGAGGACGUCGGUUUGAGAGAUUUAAAUUCACUUCAGACAUGCAAAAGAGGUUAUAUGAACGAUACGGCGUCACCAUGAGUGGGGUGUUGAAAAGGAAGUAUGAAGAGCUGGGGGAUGACAGCACCUACUGCUCCUCCUCCUCCUGCUCCCCUCUGUCCUCCUCGGCAUCCUCAGGCUGGGACUCGGAUGAGGACAGCUCCCGUGGAGACAGCAAGCCCAGCUCUGCCAUAGCACCUGGCUUUACCCCCACGUCCAUCCUGAAGAAAUCCAAACGGCUAAAGAAGAACAACGUGGAGUUUGACCGGGUCACUGUGUUCUACUUCCCACGCUGCCAGGGCUUCACGAGCGUGCCGAGCCGUGGGGGCUGCACGCUGGGGAUGGUGAGCAAACACAGCUCCUCCCGGCAGUUCACGUUAGCAGAGUUCUCCAAGGAGCAGGAAAACAUUCGUCGGGAGAAACUGGAAGAGAAAUUGAAAGAGGAGAAGUUAGAAGCCUUGAAAUGGAAACUCACCAUGAAUGGCACAAAGGAAUCGGAGGAAGCCAACCAGCUCACCAUUGAGGACAUCUCUGACGAUGACAUUGACGUCAGCAAUGUGGACCUGGAGGAUGGCUUUUUCCUCCAGCCCUACCCGGCCAAGAAGAGGCGUGCACUGCUCAAAGCUGUUGGGGUGAAGAAGAUUGACAAGGAGGAGAAGCGGGAGCUGCACAGCAUCCGUCUGUCCCGGGAGGACUGCGGCUGUGACUGUCAGGAGGUCUGCGAUCCCGAGACCUGCAGCUGCAGCUUGGCAGGCAUUAAGUGCCAGAUGGACCACACAUCCUUCCCCUGUGGCUGUACAAAGGACGGCUGCGGCAACACAGAGGGCAGGAUCGAGUUCAACCAGGCCCGGGUGCAGACCCACUUCAUCCACACCAUCAUGAAGCUGGAGCUGGAGAAGCAGCAGCAGAGCAGUGAGGGGGUGGCAGAGGUUGAACCUCCCUUCCGGGAGCGGUUGCCUCAGCUGGGCUGCGCAGCAGCAAAAGGGCCCUUGGAAGAACGCACGGCGCCGCUGGCCCCCGCCUUCCAGUUCAGCCCUGAGUUGGAAGCCCUGGGGGAGAACAGCUGCAGCAGCGACAUGACGGACUCCUCCAUCUCCUCCCACCCCAGCGAGGACCUGGAGGAACCCUACGAGAGCCUCCCCUCCGACAAGUCCCAGUCGGACAUCGAUGACGAUGGCUUGGCACGCAUCCUCCACUUCAACGAUUCGGAUGCCGAGGAGGAGGGAGACCGCUGCCAGGACAACCUGAGCUGUUUCCACCCUGCCGACUUCUUCAUUGAGGACCACGGCUGCGAGGCCAAGCCUGGCCCUGGGGCCUCAUCCCACCUCUCUGAGUGCCUGGACGAGAAUGCCAACCAGGAUAGUGGUGGACUGCUGGAGGAGGCCAUGCACGUGUGCUGUGACGGGGUGUCGUGCUGUGCCCCAGCCCCAGCUGAGUCGUGUUCCAAGAGCUAUGCCGACCUCAGCCUUUCCUCUGACUCCUUGGAUUUCUUCCAGUCCUUCUCGGACUAUAACUUGGGACCCCUUUACAACUCCUUGAAGGAGUAUGAGAACCUUGAUAACUUCUCAGCGUUACAGUUUCAGUUGCCUAAUUUCCCCGGUUUCCCGCAAGCUGGAGAUCAGGGCUCCUGUUUCUUGGAGUCUCUCAUUGGUUUGUCCGAAUCCGUCCCCGAAACUCCAGCCCCUUUCACAGACAAUCAGCUUUUGGAGGACGCCAUCAAGUCAUCGCUGAUGGAAACAGUGAAGGUGUGAAGCGCCCGGCUGGCUGGGGAUGAGAAGGACUGGCAGCAUCGUGGUGCUGAAACCAAAGCCGAAGAACGAUUGGACAGGCAAACUUUCACUUGUGCUCUGUGAAAAGGAUUAAAAAAAAAAAAAUCAGACUUUCUGAGCAGACAAACUAUUUUUGGUCUUUAUAGAAUGUGGACGUUUUGACAUACUGCAGCUACAAUCAGUUCUCUUGCUGUUUGUGCAAAGAUUUCUAAACUUUCAUGAUGGGGUCGGGGGGGGGGGGAGGGAGGGACGAAGACUUUCAAGUAUGAAUUUCCUUGUGUUUUGUAUGCAAAGACCUGUUGAGAAAUGCUCCUUGCGAAUGUUGCCAGUCGUACACACAGCCCCUUCUAGAAACGUUUCGGUGUCGCGGGAACUUUUUAAGACAACUUUUGAAGCUGUAUUUAUUGUGAAAAUUUGUGAUUUGCAUAAGAGCCAGACCAACACGCUCUCGAGUUUAAAUCGGAAAAGGUUUACAGAAGAGAUCCGUACACUAUAUACAUAAUCAUCCUUCAUCUAUUUAUUGCAAAUUCCAGAAUUUAACUAGCCACUGAAGCUUGAACUAGCAUGAAACCUUAUUUAAAUUGGUAAUACCUCAGAUGUAUUAUGUGCACAAUCAUAUUUUUUGCAUAAUAUAUCUGUAUUUAUUUAUUUUCUACCUGUAGUACAUGAAUAGCACUGUGGUUUAUCAAUGACCUGGAAGGGCAGUAAGGUCUCCAGCAGCACACGUCCUAAAGAUGACCCCAUUGUCUGAGUCUGGGAGGUGCUGGCUGUUUGGUCUUCACCUCACAUUGCUACAAGAGCUGAAUGCAAGGUGGGUGGGAGGGGAGGGAUGAGGGAGGUGUUCCUACAGCAUCCUCUGGUAGUGAACCAUCCUUUGUAGACGUGAUAGCACGUAGUCUGAUAUCCGUGAUACCGCUAUAGGGAGCAAAACAAGCAGAACCAUCCUCUGUUUGAGAAACAUGAGCUAGCUCUAUUUAAUUAACAAAAACCAACAAAAUCUUUCCAUAAAUUAUUUUCUAAUUUAUUGAAUUUCCUAAGGAUUUGGCCAUGAGAUCUUUUGUGAUCACUUAUGGUGCCUGAAUAUGCAGAGGAACUGCCAGCAAGGGAGGAAGCCAGGGUAACCUUUGCAGCCCAUGGGGCUUUGGAGAGCAGAAUGAAGGGCAGCAGCACCCUUCGGACUCCCAGAUAUUGAGGGUAUGGCAGCUCCAGAAACUUGUGGGCCAGGCGGUUUAUACUCUUUUGUUUUAAUAGAUAAAUUGAGUAGAUCAAGGAAAGGAGAUGAUUAUGAAGGUUGUUGCAUUAUUUAUUGAGUACGAUUGCAGAGAGGAGGAAGAAAGAGAAAUGGUUGUACUUAGGAGGGACACUAGAGGCCUACUUAGCUUUUUGUUGUUUGAAUCAGCCUGAGAACAUGACACUAUUUGGCCAUGCCAUGUAACUGGACCCAAAUCUGCAUGCCAGUGAUACACUAAGUGCCUACGCCAGCAGCGUGAGCGUCUAGGUAUCUCGCUGGAAACCCACAACUGUCCAUUGAAAUCCCCCCCUUGCGGAAGGUGCAGAGUCACCCUGUUGGGAGGAAUCAUCCCAAAAUGUGGGUCUGGGGACCUUUCCCUUAGCUGAACCCUUGAUGUCCCCAACGGCAGGGAUGGGGCUGCUUGGGACCUGCCACUUGAUGGACAAGUAGUCUUGCCAUGGCACCAUGGCACCCUGCCAGCAAUUUGGAAAGCUUCUGGCGUACAAAUAGCGCGAAGGCUGGUUGUUUGUUUGUUUGUUUGUUUUUAAAUUAUUGUUAUUAAUUAUUAUUAUUAUUAUUUAAUUGUACGUCUUCUCUGGUAUUGAGCCGGUCAACCUUGAAGCAGAGCCAACCCGCCAUGUCCUCCCACGAGGCAUCACCCUGGGGCCAUCCCCAUGGGCAGGAGGGCGACUGUAGGAAUACUACUGGCAGAUGGAGGAUUUCCUGGAUAUCUAUCUAUCUAUCUAAUCUAUCUAUCUAUCUAUCUAUCUAUCUAUCUGUGUUAUUUUUUUGUUGUCGCCGUUGUUUCUUUUGACUGAAAAUCCCCUUUGGUUAUCUUCUGGUGGUAGUUGCUAUCCUUCAGACUGCAUCAAAAAUACUGACUGUUGGAAGUCUGGUACCGUUCUGUAUUUAUUGGCACUAAUAUAUUUUAUAACAUUCCUCAGUUUCUCUGCAUAUAUAUAUAUUUAUAUAUAUAAAAUAUAAGCAUAUAUUUUAUAUAUAUAUAUACACACAACACUUUUUGUAAUGAAUGACGGGGAUUGACUCCUGCCUUUGUGGAUUUUUUUUUCCUAUAAUUUAUUCAUUUUAUUUGUGUUGGUGCCAAAAAAAAAAAAAAGGAUUUUUUCUCUUUUUUUUUUUUUUUUUUUUUCCUUUUCAAGGCACUGAAUUGUAAAUAUAUAAUUUUGUUGUUUGUUUGUUUUUUUUCUUCUCGGUAUCUAUGUAAAAAGUUGCCUGUUAAACAGUUUUAAAACUGGCUAUUUAUUGACACAAUCUGUAAUUAUCUAAUGUAUUGAUUGAAACACUUUGGUUUCAACAUAGCUUUAUUUUAGCUUUCUUUGUGUAUAUAUUGUGAUUAUGUUGCUUAAGGGUACAAGUUAAAAAAAAAAUGCUUUAUUUUUACCUUAUCCAUUUGCAUUUGUUUAAAAAAAAAAAAGAAAGGAAAAAAAGCAUAUUUGUCUACAGCUGCUGUCUCUCAUUUCAUCAAAGCAAUAUGAAGAAAUUUCCAUUACACUUUCAAUAAAAUAAUUUUGUUUGAA